AUGAUAGCUCCUCCGGGUUCUGUGACAGAGGUUAGCGUCAUUAACACAUGCUUCCUUCGUGAAAUACCGAUUGAGAAUUAUAUGCAACCUAUUAUUCCUGGGAAUGAGCACAUGAACGUCCCUUGCUAUGUCUUUCUGCUUCGUAAUAACGAAGACCGCAAAGUCCUAUUCGAUCUAGGGCUUCGCAACGACUGGAAGAAACUCUCCCCCAGCGUACAGGGAGAGAUCGAACGCGAACAUAUCAAGAUCACCAUGGAUCAGGACGUGAUCGAAUCUCUCGACCAGCAUGGAAUCGCCCCCGGGGAUGUCGAGGCUAUAGUUCUUAGCCAUCAUCAUUUUGAUCAUAUAGGAGAUCCAUCCCUAUUUCCAGAUCAAACAAAUAUCGUAGUAGGGCCGGGAUUCUCAAAAGCUUAUAUGCCUGGCUAUCCUCUUGGUAAGGAUUCUUCAAUAUUGGAGAGCGAUUAUAGUGGGAAAAGAGUGAUAGAAAUCAACUUCAAGGGCUCUGAAGGCAUUGUGCAGAUUGGGCCCUGGCGAGGAUUUGAUUACUUUGGUGAUGGAUCAUUUUACGUCCUCGAUGCUCCAGGACACACCAUCGGACAUGUAUGCGGCCUUGUCAGAACCACCCGCAAUCCUGACACAUUUUUGCUGCUAGGUGGUGAUGCUUGUCACAAUAAUGGGGAGUUCAGGCCAUCAAAACAACAACCACUGCCAGACACUAUUACCCCAGACCCAUUCGCACGCCGAGGCGUAAGAUCAUGCCCAGGUGCCGCGUUUGAGCGCUAUCUUGCAAACAUUGGGAAAAGCCGCGCAGAGCCUUUUUUCGAAAUCCCUAAGGGUCUACAGUAUGCUGAAUUCUGUCAUGACGUUGUUGAUGCAGCAGCUACAAUAGAGAGACUACAGGCCCUGGAUGGCUACGACAAUGUUUUCGUGAUACUUGCCCACGACGACAGUAUUAGACAUAUUGUUGAGUUCUUUCCCAAGACGCUGAAUACGUGGAAGGCUCGAGGAUGGGGACAAUUAGGCAGAUGGGCGUUCUUAAAAGAUUUUUUGAGCAUUGAACAACCAGUUGUGGACGGCAUUGGCAGUAGAUGA